AUGGCUGAACCGGUUAAGCUCAUCGGCACAUUGGGUAGCCCAUUUGUCCACCGCGCCGAGGCCGCUCUGCGGCUAAAAGGGGUGCCCUACGAGCUGGUCCUGGAAGAUCUCCAUAGCAAGAGUGAGCUGCUGCUGAAGCACAACCCCAUCCACCAGAAGGUGCCCGUGCUCGUUCACGGCGGCCGAGCCAUCUGUGAGUCCCUCCUCAUCAUGGAGUACGUCGAUGAGGCCUUCGAGGGGCCGCCCCUCCUGCCCACGGAUCCCUACGACCGCGCCACCGCCCGUUUCUGGGCGCACUUCCUGGAACAGAAGUGCGCGAGGCCGUUCUGGCUGGCCAUGUGGCUGGACGCCGGCGAGGAGCAGAAGGGAUUCAUGAAGGAGAUGAAGGAGAACCUGGCGCUGCUGGAAGGCCAGCUUCAGGGGAAGAGGUUCUUCGGCGGCGACUCCAUUGGCUACCUCGACGUCGCCGCCUGCGGGCCGGCCCACUGGAUUUACGUGUUGGAGAAGGUAACUGCGGUGAGCUUGAUGGGCGAGAACGAGUUCCCUGCUCUGUGCCGCUGGGGAAAGGAGUAUACCGAGAAUGAAACCGUCAAGGAGUGUCUGCCGGCGAGGGAGCAGCUCGUCGCCUUCUUCACAGCGAGGAAGGACAUAUACAAGAUGAUAGCCAACACGAUGCUCCAUCAAUAG